UUCUCUGUUCUCGGUGUCCUUUUGUCCGUGUUUUUUUUUUCCUAUCACAAAUAUUUUUUAAAGCUUUCAGAAUAUGAAAUGAAUAUAGUAAAAUUACACAUUUUGUGUUAUUUCCUUAAAUCUUUCCAGUAUAUAAAAGUUCUUGGGGUAAAGCCAUUGUGCGCGCAUGCUCCGUCCUGCCUUUGAACCAAGAAGACAAGUAGCAUCAGCGGCUAAUCUCAACCGCUUUGACGACACAGGCGCAGCUAGCAGGUUAGGUUAGCCGCGUAGCAAAUCAUGGUGAAUGUUAAGAAGCGGAAAGUUCGAAACGUGAUUGACUCUGACUCUGAAGACAGUGCUAGUGAUGACAAUUUAGAUCAGGAGUUGUUGUCCUUGGCGAAGAGGAAGAGGGUGGACUCAGGCGAGCAGGAAGAGCCUCUGAACAAACCAGCAGCGUCCACAGACUCCGAGACGUCCGACAGCGACGAUGAGUGGACCGUGGGCGGCACCAAAGGCAAAAAGAAGGUUAAGCCGGGGAAAGGCUCUGAAAAGAAGAGCGCCACUAAAAAGAAGGUCAACAAGGCCACGGCGUCCGGCAGCUCCGAUGGAGACAGCUCGGCGGACAGCUCCGCUCCCGAGGAGGGCGAGGUUUCAGACUCUGAAAGCAACAGCUCGUCCUCCAGCUCCGACUCGGACUCCUCCGAAGACGAGGUGUUCAAAGACGGUUACGACGACGACUUGAUGGGCGACGCCGAGGACCGGGCGCGCCUGGAGCAGAUGACCGAGAAGGAGAGGGAGCAGGAGCUGUUCAACAGGAUCGAGAAGAGAGAGGUGCUGCGGAGACGGUUCGAAAUCAAGAAGAAGCUGAAGACGGCAAAGAAGAAGGAGAAGGAGGAGAAGAAAAAGAAGCAGGAGGAAGAGCAAGAAAAACGGAAACAAUCUCAGGUUCAAGACACUCAGGUGGUGUCCAUGUCACACAACAAGGAGAGGCGAUCAAAACGUGAUGAAAAACUGGACAAGAAGUCCCAAGCCAUGGAGGAACUGAAAGCUGAACGUGAGAAGAAGAAAAACAAAACGGCUGAACUUCUGGCCAAACGAGAGCCCCUCAAGACGAGCGAGGUCUACUCCGACGACGAAGAGGAGGAGGAGGAAGACGACGACAAGUCGUCGGUCAAAAGCGACCGGAGCUCACGCUCGUCGUCUUUCGACGAAGACGAGAAAGAGGAGACGCCGCCUAAGUCGCAGCCCGUCUCCCUCCCCGAGGAGCUCAACCGGGUCCGUCUGUCCAGACACAAGCUGGAGCGCUGGUGCCACAUGCCCUUCUUUGCGAAGACGGUGACCGGCUGCUUCGUGAGGAUAGGCAUCGGGAACAGCAGCAGCAAACCGGUCUACAGGGUUGCUGAAAUUGUGGACGUAGUAGAAACAGCAAAAGUUUAUCAACUUGGAACAACACGGACAAACAAGGGAUUACAGUUGAGGCAUGGGGCCGACACGCGGGUCUUCAGACUUGAGUUUGUGUCAAACCAAGAGUUCACAGAAAGUGAAUUCAUGAAAUGGAAGGAAGCGAUGAUCGUCGCUGGGAUGCAGGUACCGACUCUUGAUGAAAUCACCAAGAAGGAACAGUCAAUCAAAGAAGCUAUGAAUUACAAGUUCAACGAUAAAGACAUUGAGGAUAUCGUCAAGGAGAAGGACAGGUUCCGAAAAGCGCCACCUAAUUAUGCCAUGAAGAAAACACAGCUACUUAAAGACAAGGCUAUGGCAGAAGAAAAUGGCGAUGGCGAGAAAGUAAAAACUAUCCAGGAUGAACUGAAUGAGCUUGAGGAGAGAGCUGAAGCACUUGACAGACAGAGGACCAAGAACAUUUCAGCUAUCAGCUACAUUAACCAGAGGAACAGAAGCUGGAACAUUGUCGAGUCUGAGAAAGCACUUGUGGCUGAAGGGCAGAACUCCAAAAACCAACAAAUGGACCCCUUCACUCGAAGGCAGUGCAAACCCACCAUGGUGUCAAAUGCCAGGGAUCCGUCGGUCCAUGCAGCUAUUCUUGCUCACCUGAACCAAAAGUAUGGCUCAGGGUCAGGAGGUGCAGAUCCCACUAGCACAGAGAAGAACAACGUGGGCCCAGCAAACCCUAAAGACAAAGAUGUCCCCAAACCAACCACUGACCUCUCAGAAGACUUGUUUAAAGUUCACGAUUUUGAUGUUAAGAUUGACCUACAGGUCCCUAAUGCAGAAGCUAAAUCUCUUUCUGUGAGCUCCAACGCGCUGCCAGUGAAGGACGGUGCUCCUCGCCGCUCCCUCAACCUGGAGGACUACAAGAAGAGGAGGGGUCUGAUCUGACGGGGCAGACCAUCACUCCGAAACCACAUUGCAUGUGCUAUAGGUUUUUCUGAGAAAGUGAAUGUGUGUUUGAGUGAGCUCAAGCUGGAGAGAGGGUGUGUGUGUGUGUGUGUGUGUGUGUGUGUGUGUGUGUGUGUGUGUGUGUGUGUGUGUGUGUGUGU